AUGUCCAAACCUUCAAUCGGCUUCGUCGGCCUAGGCGCCAUGGGCUUCGGAAUGGCCACCAAUCUCGUAAAAGAGGGCUACCCAGUACACGGCUUCGACGUGUUCCCCGCCUCAGUAGAUCGUUUCAAGGCAGCUGGUGGAAUCCCAGCUUCAUCACUCAAGGACUCAGCCAAGGGAAAUGAUUUCUAUGUUUGCAUGGUCGCCUCAGCGCCGCAGGUACAGAGCGUCCUUUUCGGCGAUGAUGGCAUUGUCGCAGCCCUCCCCCAAAACGCUACCCUCCUCCUCUGCUCAACUGUCCCAGCUUCAUACGCCCAAUCCGUCGCCGCAGAGCUCGUCUCCGUCGGCAGGUCCGAUAUCGCCUUCAUCGAUGCACCCGUGUCUGGCGGUGCUCUCCGCGCUGCUGCGGGUACGCUCUCCAUUAUGGCCGGUGCAUCCGAGGAGGCGCUGGAGAAAGGCCGGUUCUUGCUGCAGGAGAUGUCUGAUGCGAAUAAGCUCUACCUUGUUCCCGGCGGUGUUGGCGCUGGUAGUAAUAUGAAGAUGGUGCACCAGGUUCUGGCUGGUAUCCAUAUCCUGGGCGCUAGUGAGGCUCAAGGCUUUGCUGCGCGACUUGGACUAGAUGCGAAGAAGACGGCAGAGGCGAUUAAGUCCAGUCCGGCUUGGACUUGGAUGCAUGAGAAUCGGUUGCAGCGUAUGCUGGAUGAGGAUUGGCACCCCGGUGCUAGUGCUUUGACCAUCAUUCUUAAGGAUGUUGGCAUUAUCACGACAUCUGCGCGCCAAAGUCAAUUCCCAACUCCGCUUUGCUCUACUGCUGAGCAGGUUUAUUUGUCUGCUUUGUUGCAGGGAUAUGGCGCUGUCGAUGACUCAUCUAUGGUGCGACAGUACUUUGCUGAUCCGAUCACGAAGGUCGAAUGUACCAAGUCUGAUGAGGAGACGGCGGAGGCGCUGCAGUUGGUACUGGAUAUGAUGGAGGUGACUAACCUUGUUGCGGCUGCUGAGGCUAUUUCUUUUGCUCGCUAUCUCAAUGUCGACCUGAAGCAGUUUUAUACUCUUGUUGCUGAUGCUGCUGGUGCUAGUCGGCAAUUUACCACGAAGGGUUUGGAGAUUAUUGAGGGGCUUGCACAGGGUGCCAAUGGGGCCUCUGAGACUGUUGAUGCUGCCACUUCUCGUCUAGAGAAGGCUGUGCAGAAAGCGCGGGAUCUCCACUGUCCUUUGAACCUUGGCAAUGCUGCUUUGACUGUUUUGUACAUGGCCAAGAAGUCAGGGUUGGGGGCUGAGGGGAGUACCAGCGUGGUGAAGGCUUUUGAACAGUAG